AUGGCCAUGCUUGCCGACGCCGGUCUGCUCAGCAGUAGCAGCAUCGGGAGCUGCUCAGCAUUAGCCACCGCUCCUGCCAUGGAACACUCGGCCUCGUCGUCGUCGUGCACAUCAUGGAACAUGGACUUUGGAGACUCGGAUGACUUUAGCGCCGAGGAGGGUACAAAUGAUAUAGGCUGGGAGCAAGGCACCGAUGGAGUCCUGACGGCUCCCAAGCCGGAGCCGAUGGACGAGGACACCUUCUGCCUGGACGACUUCAAGGAGGCCCCAACAAUCACAGACCUAGACGCCCAAACUUGUUGCAUCACCUGUCGAAAGCGCAAGAAAAAGUGUGACGAGGCAAAGCCACGAUCUCGACUUCAUACGCAUGCGCUCCCAACUAUCACCAUGCAGCCGCUCUUUGACGGCCUCGAGACAAUCGAAGACCGCAUCUUCUGGAAACACUACAACGAGCACCUCAGCACGGUCCUCACUGUGGAGAGCGAGCAUCGGAAUGCUUUCAAGGAGAUGCUUGUACCCAUCGCCACGAGACACCAAGGACUGAUGCACUCGAUUUUGUCUCUGUCGAGUAAGCAUCUCGACUGCGACACCCCAUAUGCCCUGAACAUUCUCAAGAGGUACCCGGGGACAAGCAUCGAGGACUUGCGGAGUCGAUCAAUAUACCAUCAGGCCCGCGCGAUGCAGAUCCUCACAAAUGUGGACCACAGCCACAUGGGAUCCUGUCCAAACCUUCGGUCGGCCUUUUAUGGGCAGAUGCUUUGUCAGAUCCUCGAAAACAUGGUCGAGGGUCGCGCCGACGGUCAGCACAGAUUUCACCUGGGUGCUUACCUGAGCCUCGUCAACACCUCACCCCCGACCGACAUGUCUUUCCUCUCCUUCAUCACCGAGUUUUUCCAGUUUCACAUCUACGCCGACGAACUCAUACGCUAUCCCGGCAAGCCGCACCAACCCCGCCUCGCCACCGAAGGCUGGGAGCCCGCCAAUCCUAUACAACCGGCGAGGCUCUUGGGGGUCGCCGACGGUCUCUUUGAACACCUCUGCAGCAUCACCACCAUCCGCAACCGCAUCCGGGACAACAUCACCACGCAUGCAGACCCUGUAGUCGAUUACCCAAGCCUAUACAAGGCCGAAGAGAUUGUGCAGGCUAUAUACGAUUGGAACCCCACAUGGCCAGCCAACGAUAGCAGGGAGCGGGUGGCUCUGCUCUACAAGCAGAUGAUGUGGGUGCACCUAUAUCGCACCAUUUACCCACCUUCGCCCUCUUCAACUUCAACCUCGGGCACCGCAACAGCAACCCAGUCUUCCUCGUCCCUGGCAGGCUGCUCAGCCUUCUAUGCCGGCGAACCCAUCCACACUCCUCCCAAGUCAACAUCUACAUCCCGUGCGUCAUCGCCUCGGCUACGACCGAGCACAGCCGGCACCUGGUCCAACGUGAUGCAGCCCGAGAUCAUGUUUGCCCAAAACACUCGUCGUCAUUCUGUUGCCAACGUCCACCCCGCCGGCGGCAUCACCGUCGCCACGCCCUCCUCAUCAUCCGUGGCCGCAUCCGAAGCAUCACACCCCAACAGCUCCUCGCCGAUAAUGCCCUAUACACACCUGCGAAGCGACUCGCCGCCGCCGAUCCGCCUCCCGACCCAAGACCCCCGCGUCGUCCUGGCGGUCAACGAGUCUCUGCAGAUCUUGGACACCAUAAAAGCCAACGACCCGGCGCAGACGCUGCUCCUGAUCCCCUGUCUCGUCGUCGGCGCUGCGUGCUUCGCACCCGCGCAGCAGGACCGGAUCCGCGACGCCGUCCACAGGGUCAAGGGCUACACUGGCCUGCGCAAUGCGGACAGGGUCGUUGAGCUUCUCGAGGAGCUGUGGCGUCUGAUGGCCGAGGGUGAGUGGCUGGCCGUGUGGGAUUGGCAGGGUGUCGCAUACAGGAUGGGCCUCGACUUUUUGUGUGCCUAA